AAAGAGAAAUGUUUAGAGACAGAUUAGUUAGUAGCUAGCUAGUCCCCUAAUGAGACUGGACAUUCCAGUUAUCUUCCUUACAUCUCUAAACGGGGAAAGGCAGUUCUGCUGACCAAACACGUGGUCACUCUCAUUUGAAAAGAUCUCCCACUGGAUGAAAAGUAACGCAGAUCUACCACAGGGGAAGGACAUCUCAUUUCUAAAGCCCAGUACUAGAGUUUAACAUUGUUUUAAAAUGAAGAAGCAGUCGUUUUUUCUCCCCACGUCUUUUCGGAUUUUCUGUAUGCGGCUAUUUGGAUUUGGUUUUCUGUACUUCACACUAGUUACAGGGACACAUGCUGCUGAAUGUCCUAUUCAGCUCAACCCACAGAGAGUUGUUGUGGAGUACGGCGGUUCUGUGUCAGUUAACUGUAGCACUUCUGUCACGCAUCAAGGGAUGGGAUGGGAAGCCAGUGAGGGAGCAGUGUCCCAGAACUCAUCAGUCAAUCUGAUCACAUGGAGAGUGUCAAACCUGAGAGAAUGGGACAUAGAGCCAUACUGCUACAUAAACCAUAAGAAACAGUGUCAGUUAAAGCUCCCAGUGACUAUUUACCAGACUCCAGACAGUGUGUCCAUCAGCACUGUGAAUCACACCGGACCAAUGAUGGAGGGAAACCAGUAUGAGCUUCAGUGUGACGUUCUCAAUGUGGCUCCUGUUCAGAAUCUCACUGUCAAAUGGUACAAAGGACAGACUCUGGUGGAUCAAACUAUCUUCACUGACACCAUCAAGACUCCAGUGAAUGAAACAGUCACACUCAUGAUCCGUCCAAACAGAGCUGAUGAUGGAGUUCAGUACAGGUGUGAAGCAGAGCUGGAACUGGGAGAAGAAGGACCUCAACCUCCUCCUAAACUCACAUCAGAUCCUCUCAGCAUUACUGUAUAUUAUAAACCGACCAUCGAUGAGACCAAACUGCCCUCCAAUGUGUCUGUGUUUCGAGGAUAUUCAGUGGUGCUGGUCUGUGAAGCCGAAGGAAACCCAAAACCAACAAUCAGCUGGAAUAUCAGCACAAAUAAUCCAGUUUAUAGUAAAUCUUUUACUGUAACAGAUUCAACACCUGAGGAUCUGUACUGCAUUGCAGACAAUUCUGUUGGCAGCACCACCAGACGUGUAAAAGUGUCCAAACAAGUUAUUUCCAUCAGUGCUGGGUAUCAUAACGGACCAAUGAUAGAGGGCCAGCAGUAUAAACUCCAGUGUGACGUUCUCAAUGUGGCUCCUGUUCAGAAUCUCACUGUCAAAUGGUACAAAGGACAGACUCUGGUGAAUCAAACUAUCUUCACUGACACCAUCAAGACUCCAGUGGAUAAAACAGUCACACUCAUGAUCCGUCCAGACAGAGCUGAUGAUGGAGUUCAGUACAGGUGUGAAGCAGAGCUGGAACUGGGAGAAGAAGGACCUCGACCUCCUCCUAAACUCACAUCAGAUCCUCUCAACAUUACUGUACAUUAUGAACCGACCAUCAAUGAGACCAAACUGCCCUCCACAGUGUCUGUGUCUCGUGGCUAUGAAAUGGUGCUGGUCUGUGAAGCCGAAGGAAACCCAAAACCAACAAUCAGCUGGAAUAUCAGCACAAAUAAUCCAGUUUAUAGUGAAACUUUUACUGUAAAAGAUUCAACACCUGAGGAUCUGUACUGCAUUGCAAACAAUUCUGUUGCCAUCACCAUCAGACAUGUAAAAGUGUCCGUACAAGGUCUUCCAGAUAUUUCCAUCAGUGCUGGGGAUCAUAAAGGACCAAUGACAACGGGCCAGCAGUAUAAACUCCAGUGUGACGUUCUUUAUGUGGCUUCUGUUCGGUAUCUCACUGUCAAAUGGUACAAAGGACAGACUCUGGUGGAUCAAACCAACUUCACUGACACCAUCAAGACUCCAGUGAAUAAAACAGUCACACUCAUGAUCCGUCCAGACAGAUCUGAUGAUGGAGCUCAGUACAGGUGUGAAGCAGAGCUGGAACUGGGAGCAGAAGGACCUCAACCUCCUCCUAAAGUCACAUCAGAUCCUCUCAACAUUACUGUAUAUUUUAAACCGAUCAUCAAUGAGACCAAACUGCUUUCCAAAGUGCCUGUGUUUCGUGGCUAUGAAAUGGUGCUGGUCUGUGAAGCCGAAGGAAACCCAAAACCAACAAUCAGCUGGAAUAUCAGCACAAAUAAUCCAGUUUAUAGUGAAACUUUUACUAUAACAGAUUCAACACCAGAAGAAGUGUCCUGCAUUGCAAACAAUUCUGUUGGCAGCACCAUCAGACAUGUAAAAGUGAUUUUAAAAGAGGAUUACCUGCCCCUAAUAGCAGGGCUUGUUGCCAUCACAGUGGCGUUCAUCUCAGUCAUCUUCAUCUUCAUCUACUCUAUCUACUACAAAACAGCCAAGACGGGCCGUUAUAGCCUGAAGGAUGCCAAGCCUAGUGCACAAAAUGGAAACAUAGCACAGAAUGGCAAAGACAACACUAUCCCUAUGAAGAAACUCUCUCAGAGCAAUAUCUUUGCUUAGGUAUGAACCCCUGGGUUUGCUGCAUCUGCCAAGAUACACUAUCCACAUUGGGCAAGGAUUGUUUUUACACUGGAAGUCUCUAGGCCUCUGUUCUGAGGCUAGUUUCUUCAUGGCUUCAUUGUUUUUUAUUUUACGGAGCAUUGGUCCAUUCACUUCUCUCUUAGAUCCAGUUGUCAUCAACUGUUAAUUGCAUCGCAAAAUAAACUUUUUAGUUUCCCACAAUCUGCUGUAUAAAUCACUAGAGAAAAAUACCUGAUGUUGAGGUAAUGACAGUGAAUGAAUUUCAAGUUAAAGGGCCUGAUGCCUGCAUUGGACAUUUUCAAGGAUCUUGACCUUGAUUAAUAUUUUCUUUGUUAACCAGUAUAAGGGAAAAACACGCUAUUAAGCUCUUGUUAGGUUAUCCUUUUGUAUAUGUCUCAGGCACAUUGAUCAGUUUAUGUUUUAUCAAAUGCUAUACAUUAUUCAGUAUAUUGAGAAAGACACUAUAGUUGAGUCUGUUACUCCGUUAACAAAGUAUUUUUUUUUUAAGUUUCACUUCCUCUGGAGAAAUCCACACUUUAGAGGUUGGGAAUGGAGCACACGGUGACUGUGAAGAAGUGAAAGCUUGGGUGUCAGGUCUCUCAUGCUGAACCUGUGGGAAAAUAUUUUGAUGUGUUUCUGAAAAUUCUCUCAGGCCUCAAAAAAAAAAAAAAAAGAGAGAGAGAUGCUGGACAUAAAUAAGUGUGCCAGUUUUAUGGCUCAAGCAGUAUAAAGAUGUUAAAAGCAUAGCUAACGCAGAAAUGACAAGUCUGUCAUCAUUUCCUCACCCUCAUGUCUAAAGCAGUAUGGUGUUUUUUUCCGAGCACAUAAAUUAUGAACAGUUUCUUUUUGCAGCCUGAUAGGUGAACUGCGGUUGUAUGGAAAAGAACUGUGCAAAGAUUUUUAAUAGUUUCACCUUUUGUGUUCCACAAAACAUUGGUAGUCACGCAGGUUUAGAAUGACAUGAGGGCGAGUAAAUGAUGACAGAAUUUUCAUUUUUGUUUGAACUGUGUUUCAUGUAGAAUGUAAUCUCACCUGUAUUCUUGUGGGGUUUAAAUUUGAUUCAUUGAAUUUACACCGUCUGUCCUUAUAAACACGUUGUGUGAUUUGAAUUUGUUAAGAACAUUUUAGAAAAACAUUUGUUUAAAAAAAAACCUAAUAAAAAUAUUUGUGCUUUUUA